UACACGUCACAGGCUCACCCGGAAGUGCGGUGACAGCACUUGUCAAAAACCCUUCAGCCCUCUCAUGGAACUGCGAAACAAAAGAUGGUUCUCUCGACUGAUUGUUUAGUCUAUAUGAUGUCAGAGGACGGCACAAAACCUCUUCAAUCAAGCUGAGUCGCAGCAGAAUCGGUCCCCCAGGGAGGACGGUGGGAUGUGGGGGAAAGUUUCAGAAAAAGCUUGCCAAGAAGCUCCUGCUUUGGACAGACAUGCAGUACUGACACACCUACAGACGGAGAGACCUGACAGACACAGUCCAGCUGGCUAGUCAUGGCAGUGGCAAGCAGAACAGAUGUGCUAGGGACUUUGAUCUAGGUUGCCCGUAGCUAUUUUGGAGUCUGCGCGUCCUGUUGUACUGGAUUCAUCUCUCUGCAGCUCUCAUUAUGGCAGGUGUUGUUUAAGACGCUGCCAGCUUGACCUAUAAUCGUCCCUCCUCUCCUCUACACACCCUGCAUCACCUCACCCAACUCCUGGCUGGUGCUCUGGCCCCAUUCAGGUUCUCCCUGCAUCAAGGCUGGCAAUGUCCAGAGCCCCAAGCCCCCCUCCCCCCGCAGAAAUGUCCAGCAGCCCCGUGGCUGAGAGCUGGUGUUACACUCAGAUCAAAGUGGUGAAGUUCUCCUACAUGUGGACCAUCAACAACUUCAGCUUCUGUCGCGAGGAGAUGGGAGAGGUCAUCAAAAGUUCCACCUUCUCCUCAGGAGCCAACGACAAACUCAAAUGGUGUUUGCGUGUAAAUCCUAAAGGUCUGGAUGAGGAGAGCAAAGACUAUCUGUCACUUUACUUGCUCUUAGUAAGCUGCCCAAAGAGUGAGGUGCGCGCCAAGUUUAAGUUUUCUAUCCUCAAUGCCAAGGGAGAAGAGACCAAAGCCAUGGAGAGCCAGAGGGCGUACCGUUUUGUCCAGGGGAAGGACUGGGGUUUCAAGAAGUUCAUCAGGAGGGACUUCCUGCUAGACGAGGUCAACGGUUUGCUGCCCGAUGACAAACUAACGCUGUUCUGUGAGGUGAGUGUGGUGCAGGACUCUGUGAACAUCUCAGGCCAGAACACAAUGAACAUGGUGAAGGUUCCAGACUGCAGGCUGGCAGAAGAGCUCGGGGAUUUGUGGGAAAACUCGAGAUUCACCGACUGCUCCCUUUGUGUCGCUGGCCAGAAAUUCCAGGCGCACAAAGCCAUCUUGGCAGCUCGCUCGCCGGUGUUCAGUGCCAUGUUUGAACACGAGAUGGAGGAGAGCAAGAAGAACCGUGUGGAGAUAAAUGACGUGGAGCCAGAUGUCUUCAAAGAGAUGAUGUGCUUCAUCUACACAGGCAAGGCCCCCAACCUGGACAAGAUGGCUGAUGACCUGCUGGCGGCAGCUGACAAGUAUGCUCUGGAGCGGCUGAAGGUGAUGUGCGAGGACGCUCUGUGCAAGAGCCUCUCUGUGGAGAACGCCGCAGAGAUCCUCAUCCUCGCCGACCUGCACAGCGCUGACCAGCUCAAGACGCAGGCUGUGGACUUCAUCAACUGUCACGCAGCAGAUGUGAUGGAGACGUCAGGCUGGAAGUCCAUGGUGAUCUCUCAACCGCACCUCGUAGCAGAAGCCUAUCACUCCCUGGCCUCGGCCCAGUGCCCCUUCCUGGGUCCCCCACGGAAACGCCUAAAAUAAUAAUAGUGGUCUGGAGAGUGACUCCUCAGUCCUGACCCUGCUGCGUCCUUCUGAACCAGCGACUCACUGCUCCUCCUACGGCAUCCAGAGACACCAAAGACCGAUACCCAUAGGACUUGGCUCCUCGGUAUGACUAAAGGGAAAACUCAGCUGGGAAGAACAGAGACUGAUGCCCCAGAGGAGGUAAUACAGAUCUCUGUAGAUGGUGAUGAGCUGAAUAUUCAUGGUUCAAACCUCGAUACUCCAUAUAUCCUGUCACUGUGAUAUUGGAAAGCUGGAUCUGUGAGUCGGUCACAUAAAGAAAAGAUCUCCUGGCUCCAAACAGAAAAGUCAACGUUGAGUCCCUAUAAAUUCAAUUUUGUUGUCUUGUACGAUGUCUCGAGUUUUGAAGCCCGAACAGCUCAUGAAAAGUGAGCGAAGAGGAUCAACCAUCCAGAAAGUGAUGUUUGUGCAAAGUGUUGUUAUUCUGGGACAUAAUCAAUUCUCAGCUUGAAUCAAAGAGGACUGAUCUGAUCAUGUCUUCAAAUGGCCAGGCAGUGGAUGGAUAAAGCCUGAGUUUAGUUUUAAAAUCCGUCUCCUGUGCGAUCUGUUCAGGUCCGACAUUCAGAAAGUCGGCCAUCUUGCACUUUAAGAAGUUCCACAGUUCACUUUCUUACGUGGCUGCUAUUAAAGUAGCUGUUAUCAACUGUAGUUAACAUGUUUUGAUGUGGUUGCAGCAGUGUUUUACAUGUUGUGGCUAAAACUGUCAUCUUGGUCGAGACUGUGCUGUGAUAUAAAACAACAUUUUACUUUACGCUCGUAGUGGAAUUACACAGAGAAAUGCUGGAUCUAUGAAAUGAUUUGAUUAAAUCGUGCAGUCUGAGUUAACACAACGUAGAGGAUUGAAAACAAAAAGCACAGCGUCUGCCCAGCUUUAAGAAACAUAUCAAAUAAACCAAUGACAGAAACAAUCCUUUCAUCUACCUGAUAAUCACAGUUCAUCUCUUACUGACACCUUGUCUUGCAGGUUUUUUGCCAAACAAACAGUCUUUUAAGUCACUUAACAAAGAUUUGCAAACACCUUCCAAAGUGCUCUCUGAGUUCAUGUAAAACUGAGCACAUGGGAAACGAUGACAUCACCGUUUACUUUUCACAUGCCAAAUGCUGCUUUCUGUAAAAAACAUGCACCAAAAACACCAAUGGCAGCUAUAUACUGGUCUCUCUACGAUGCGUUUAUUCCGCAAAUAAAUGUAGCAUCACUGCUCCACAUCGAUUGCGUCCGCCUCACCCUGUUUUACUUGGAGCUAAGCUCAGUGAGCAUGCUCACAAUGUUCGUCUCUGGUAUUUGACGGACCAUCGAUAAAGCCUUUAUCGCCACCUGCUGGCCUGAUUGCUUGUUUAACUAUUUGUUUUUUGUGUUCUUGUCUAAAUGAAGAUAUUUUGUACAAUGAUGGACGUGUGAUUGUUCAUAAAGAAAGAAAUUUAAAACAAUACCUGCAGUGUGGUAGACAAGGCCUGAAACAAUGUUUUGC